AUGGAAUAUUUUGGUACAGACAGGGACUGUAUUAUGCAUGAGGGUGGUAGGAAGGAGGACUUGGCUUGGGAGUCGAGCGUGAGGCUCUCGCUGGUCGGCACGGAGGACUUCGGCAUGUUCCUCGAGGAGCGGGAGGGGAGGAAGAGGAAGUGGGGCGAGGGGAGGGGUAGGCGCGAGGAGGGGGACGACAGGGAGCAGAGGAAGGUGCCGCCCAAGAAAAUUAUGGCCUCCCUCGGCGAGAUGGGUGGCAGCGCUACGAGCUCGUCCUCGUCACACAUGUCGCCGGGAUGGCAGGUCAACGACCUCGACUUGGAUCUACCUGGAGAGCUGUCUAUGAAUGAUGCUCUCCUAUCGUUGCCGUCUCUGGCGGUGUUCAAACAAGAGGCGCCGUCCCCCACGGGGACCGUGCUCUCGCCGCCGCGGAGGGCGUGGCCUCGCAGACCGGAUGAUAGACAGAUAACAAACAUGGCGAUCGACAACCGUGAGCCGAUGGACGAGGGCUGCCAACCGUCGCCGCCACACAACAAUAUGAUGAGCCAGCAUUCUAGCAGCCCGGAAAAUAUGCAGUGUCAGCCGUCAAUGCCGGCGGCCAUGAUGAAUACGAACGGCUAUCAUUCGCCCAAUGAAAAUGAUAAUAAAAGUCUGCUAAUGUGUUCGCCGUCAGCGUUCGAUGGAUUUUUACAAUCGCCAAUACAACGCUCUGAGACCAGCUAUAAAGAUGAUUCGAGAUUUCAAUAUGUGCUAGCGGCCGCUACAUCUAUAGCGACAAAACAAAAUGAAGAAACAUUGACAUAUUUGAAUCAAGGACAGCCUUAUGAGAUAAAAUUGAAGAAAUUGGGCGAUCUCUCGCACUCCAAGGGGAAGAUAUUGAAGAGUGUUAUAAAAAUAUGUUUCCACGAGCGUCGGUUACAAUACAUGGAGAGGGAACAGAUAGCGCAGUGGCACGCGCAGCGACCCGGCGAGAGAAUAAUUGAGGUAGACGUACCGCUAUCGUACGGAGUGACUCGCGUCGAACAACCGGCGGCUCUAAACGCACUGCACGUGUAUUGGGACCCCACUAAAGAUGUCGGCGUUUAUAUAAAGGUGAACUGUAUUUCCACGGAGUUCACAGCGAAGAAACAUGGCGGUGAAAAAGGCGUACCUUUUCGUAUACAAGUAGAAACAUAUCUAGCGAGCGAGGAGUUAAUUCGCUUGCAUGCAGCCGCUUGCCAGAUUAAAGUGUUCAAAUUAAAAGGCGCAGAUAGGAAGCACAAGCAAGACAGAGAGAAGGUCAUGAGACGACCGCCGGCCGAUUUGGACAAAUACCAACCCGGGUGUGAAGCCACUGUGCUAACUACGCUAUCGAGUGACGCUUUGAUGCCACCGCCAUCGCUGGUGACCACUUCACCACCUUAUUCGCCAGAAAUGUGCACCGCACCAAAAGUGACUAGCCCGGUGCUAGUCAAUAAGCCUGCGUUGUCACAACCAUCUCUCAUCACAUCAACCAACCGGAUGAAACCUCUAUACUGCCAAGAUGGUGGUGAGGUAAAGGUAGCGGCGCCGGCUUGCCACUCGCCCGACGCCAUUUUGCCAGAUUUGCCAAACGCACCGGAAGAUGCUGACAAGAACAACGGUCUGUGCAAGGACGCAUCGUCGUCUGACACGCAGGCGUGGCUCGCGCGGCACCGCUUCGCUCAGCACGCGGCCACGUUUGCCAACUUCUCCGGUGCCGAUUUGUUGAGAUUGUCCCGAGAUGAUAUAAUACAGAUCUGCGGAUUGGCGGACGGCAUUCGUCUGUACAACGCUUUGCAUGCCAAGCGCAUCGAGCCACGCCUCACUGUGUACGUGUGCGCAGGCGGUACCGGUACAGGUACAGGUGCAACAGGUACAGGUGCAACAGGUACAGGUACAGGUGGCGUGUACAGCGCUCUGUACCUGCACGCGUGCCGUGCGGCCGAACUGCUGGCGAAACUGCGCGCACUGCCACAUGCCGCCGCUAAGGAUUGUGACACGGUCCUGGUAUCCGGGCCGAACGGGGCCAGAGUUCGUCUGACGGACGAACUAGUUCGACACUUGCCAGACAGUUCGACGUACCGGCUCGAACUUAUCGAAGAUAACGCUCUGUUGCUUAGCCCUACUGGUAAUUAGUGCUAUCAGUCGGGUGUAAUUGGCCGGGAAUUGUUCAGCCGUUGUGGAUAUGUGGGAGGAGGUUUUUUUUGGGAGAUUUUUUAAUUGAUGAUUAAUGGAGAUUUCUUAAGUUUGACAUCUACCAGACAGUUCGAAACCUAUCAAACAGUUCGACACUUGCCAGACAGCUUGAGACUUGCCAGACAGUUCGACGUACCGGCUCGAACUUAUCGAAG